AUCGUCUGAACACACUCGAUUGCAUGCUGAGUGAUGCAGAGUGCAGUUUCUCGAACGACAGCCUGGAUGACUGUACAUUACAAAAUGAGAGUUCUCAAAAAGAUAGUUCAACUGUAACCAGUGAAUUUUCAUCAACAAAAACCUUGAUGAACAUUGACGACGAUACCAGAUUGUCUCUUGAUGAAGGUGAAACUCCUUCGAAAGGAUAUUUUUUAUCGAAAAGAUAUUCGGAUUCUAUGGAGACCGAUCGAGAGAAUAGUACUGCAAUACAAUACUCUUGGCAAGUUGAUGGUUCUCACAAGGAACAAACUUCAACGAUAUUUGAUUCAGGAAGGCAAUUACAAGAGAAAAUGCAAGAUAAAGAGCCUAUUGAACAUAAAUAUUCUUCAUAUAUAACGUUAUUAAAAAAUAAAAGAAGCGCACUUGUUAAAUUUGUGCUUAACAAUGAGGUAAAACACGAUUUUGCUAUCGAAAAAACACACGUUAUGUCGUCACUUGGAACCGAACCGAAAAUAGAACCAAAACAUAUUUCUACGUCAAUUUCAAGUACGCAAAAUGCAAUAAAACAUGAAGAAUAUAAACAAGCUGAGGUAAAAAUAUCAAACGUAUCGAAACAACUAUCUCCAAUUAGAACAGAAGAUACUAAAUAUACUGUUCAGAAAACAAUGAUCGGCAAACCGCUUGCAACUAUCGAGUCAUUUAGCCUUAGUCUUAAAGAUACGUUUAAAAAGGCGAGCGACAAUUCGAUAUUCAACGAAAAAUUCUCAAUGGACGUCUCAACAGAAUGCAGAAAGAAAAAGAUCGUUCUCGACUUUGGUGAGUUCCCACCGUCAAAGAGCGAAAGAAAAAUUUACGAGUACUUUCAUUCGAUUGAUAAAAAGACAAAUUCUCCAGAGAACCAGAAAUCGCCGUUCUGUUUGUCAUUAAUCGAAGAAAGAACCGAAAUGCCAAGUACGCACAAUAAAAAAAAAUUGAAUACAAAAAUAUUUAAAACCAUUCCCGAGAAAUUUGCAGUUAAGCCGAUUCAUGACUGUAAAAGAAAAUAUCAUACAUAUCCCAAAUCUAAGAUUCCUGUUUCAAAAUACUCCAAGGAGAAACAACUCGAGGAUUAUACCAUGAACCCACGGAUAUUUCCGUUAGAGCCGAGAGAAAUCGAUUUGGAAUCUUUCCAGCAAUUACAUACAGCGGAUAGUCAAGAAGAAUUACAAGAAUUUUUGCUACUUGAAAGUCAAUGUAGCGGAAAUUUUGAAUUAGCGGACAAUAUAUCCACAUACAGCGAAUACUCCAUCGAAGAUGAAAGAGGCACGAUGUCAGACUACUGACAUGAGAGGCUUAUA